AUGGUUCAUCCUUAUUUAACUUCUGAACAAUUGGAAAAUUGGAAAGAUUUAAAAGGAAAUAUUACAUUGACACCAAAUUAUAUUGAUAUUGUUAAAGGAAUUUGGAAUACAAUAUCAUGGUAUUAUGCUCCACAUAUGUGGCAUGGUUAUGUUUUUCCACAAUCAUUUAUAAAUGAAUUUUUACGAUAUUUUUACUUUCCAUUAAAUCAAGUUUAUUAUAUUAUUUAUAUAGCUAUAGCAAUAACAUUUCUACGUUAUUUCUUCGAAAAAUUUGUUUGCAAACCACUUGUUAAUUGGCUUGAUUUAACGCCAUUAAAUAAACAUAAAUUUCCUGAAUCAGCAUGGAAAUGUUUAUUUUAUACCUGUACAUGGGUUUUUAAUGUUUACUUAUUACAUUAUCGUUAUAAUUAUUUUCAUCAACCUUAUCUUAUCUGGGAUGAUUGGGCACCUGGUAUGAAUGUUCCAUUUGAUAUAGAAGUAAUGUAUUUUGUUCAAUGUGGAUUCUAUUUACAUUCCAUUUAUGGAACACUUUAUAUGGAUUAUAAACGAAAAGAUUUUUAUGCUAUGCUUUUACAUCAUGUAUUAACAAUGACACUUAUCUUUGUUUCUUAUGCAACACGUUAUCACAAAGUUGGUUUACUUGUACUUUUUGUACAUGAUAUAACAGAUAUUUGGCUUGAAUUAGCAAAAGCAUUACAUUAUCUAUCAUUACGGAAAGGUGGUCGAGAAUGUCCACGUUGGGAAACGGCUGCAACUGGAUGUUUUGUUAUGUUUUUGUUAAGUUGGUUUUUAUUUCGUCUUUAUUGGUAUCCAAUAAAAGUUUUAUAUUCCACGGGUGUUGUUACUGCAUAUCGAGCUUAUGGUAGAGGUUGCGGUUUAUAUGGAUUUUUUAAUUCACUUUUAUGGAUUUUACUUGGUCUUAAUAUCUAUUGGCUCUAUUUCAUUCUUCAACUACUUUAUCGAGUAUUAUCAGGAACGGCAAAUGGAUUAGAAGAUACACGUGAAGAUGAAGAAGAAACAACAUCAACUCCGACAAAAACUUCAGUUAAGAACAUUACUGACAAAGAUUUGAAAAAGAAGAGCUAA